AAAGUCAGUAUUGCCAGAGCUGUCGGACAGUUCGGAGUGAGACUUGGCUCACUCACUUGGCUCACCGUUCAGAACGUAACUCGAACAGACGGAAAUUAUUUGUUCGGAUAACUGAGAAGUACAAAAAAUAAGAUAGAAUGUCCGUAUCUCAGGCCACACAGUCACAUGGAGUCUUAAAUGGACUUACGCGAGAUGAUAAGGCGCCGAUACUGCGUAAACGAUAACUUUGUUAGAGAAGAGAUGAAUCAAUCGACCAGAUAUGCAUUGGCUAGUGAAACUGGUCUCGAUGGACCGGAUCAGGUACUACCUACGGACGAGGAUAUCUCGUGUAGCCCCGACGGCAGAGUUCGAAUAAAGUUAGACAUCACCGGACCGAAUUCACACAUGCCCACGUCAAUCCCUGGAGUUUUCACCAAAACAGCAAAGCUCUAUCCUGAUCACAUCGCGAUGGUGUCUAAACCCGAUGCCAACGGCAAUAGAACCACGUAUACCUUCCAAGAAUACGAGUCUACUGUAAGAAUCGUCGCAAAAGCGUUUCUGAAACUAGGUUUGGAGCGGUAUCACAGCGUCUGCAUAAUGGGAUUUAAUAGUCCGGAAUGGUUCAUUAGCGACCUCGCGGCUAUAUACGCUGGUGGUUUCGCUACAGGAAUCUACACCACAAAUUCUCCAGAGGCGUGUCAAUAUGCCGCUGAACACAGUCGGGCAAAUAUAAUAGUCGUUGAAGAUGACAAACAGUUGCAGAAAAUCUUGCAAAUAAAACACAACCUGACCCACUUGAAAGCAAUUGUUCAAUAUGACGGCACACCUAACGAAAAGGAUGUUUUGAGCUGGAAGGAUUUAUUGAACAUAGGUAGGAAUGAAUCUGAGGAUAAAUUAUUAUCGGUGUUAAAAACGAUUGGAACAAACGAAUGUUGCGUCUUAGUGUACACGUCGGGAACAGUCGGAAAUCCGAAAGCCGUAAUGUUAAGCCACGAUAAUAUGUUGCAUAACACAAAGUUAUUAACAUCAGUACUACAAGUGAAAGAAAAGUCAGAGGUUACGGUUAGUUAUUUGCCAUUAUCUCACGUUGCAGCACAGAUAGUUGACGUCAUGGCAAACAUUGUACUAGCGACCACGGUAUACUUUGCGGAUCCGGGUGCGUUGAAGGGCACAUUGGUAAAUACGUUACGUGUGGCGGAACCGACUAUUUUCCUAGGGGUGCCCAGAGUAUGGGAAAAGAUAUACGAGAAGAUGCAGGAGACAGCGCGCAGUAACGGCACAAUAAAAACUUGGAUUGCUAAGUGGGCAAAGGGGCAGGGUCUUCACUAUUACAUGAACAAAAUAAACGGAGCCGAUUAUAAGCAUUGGGGCUACAUCUUUGCGAAAUUACUCGUUUUCGACAAAGUUAAGGCGGCAUUGGGUUUAAGCAGAUGCCAUAUGUUCGCUUCCGCAGCAGCGCCCCUAAAUAUCGACAUUAAACAAUACUUCCUGAGCUUAGACAUCCCUGUAGUAGACGCGUACGGGAUGUCUGAAUGUAGCGGAGCUCAUACAAUAAUUCACCCUAAGGAAUAUAGCAUGGUAGGUGUAGGAAGACCCCUACCUGGACUGUACACAAAAUUAGACAACAUAGACGAACAUGGCGAGGGAGAGGUCUGUAUGGGUGGACGACAUAUAUUUAUGGGUUACUUAAAUGAACCAGAGAAGACCGCAGAGGCCAAAGAUAAAAACGGCUGGUUACACAGCGGUGAUAUCGGCAAAUUCGAUUCAAACGGGAAUUUGUCUAUAACUGGUAGAAUAAAAGAACUUAUAAUCACAAGUGGAGGGGAAAAUGUGGCACCGUACAAUAUAGAGCAGGCGAUAUUGUCGGAAUUACCGUAUUUAAGUAACGUCAUGGUGGUCGGAGAUAAAAGAAAAUAUUUAACGGCCCUCGUCACGCUCAAGAGUAAUAUAAAUGAGGAGACCGGUAGUCCGUUAGAUAAACUGAAUCCCUAUGUAUUAAAAUGGGCAAAGUCCAUUGGUAGCAGUGCCGAAACAGUUUCAGAAGUCAUAAACUCUCGUGAUCCAAUCAUAUACGAAGAGAUACAGAAGGCAAUCAAGAGGGCAAAUACGCAAGCUAUCAGUAAUGCUCAAAAAGUACAGAAAUUCGAAAUUCUUCCUCAUGAUUUUUCGAUUCCCACCGGCGAAUUGGGGCCCACAUUAAAGCUCAAGAAGAACGUAGUUCAGAAGAUGUAUGCUGACUUGAUAGAAAAGAUGUACGCCUGAAACCAUGUGUGUUACAUACGUGCGUCGAGAUAGAGGACAUUAUAUUAUAGAAUCUUUAUACCAGUUUCGUACCAAUGCCUGGGCGUGCAAAAUAUCUAACAUUUUUUAUAUGUACAUUUUAAUUUGGGUGUUAAAGUUCAGAAAAUAAGCUACAUUGAAUUUAUAGAUCCAUAAUAUACGAAUCUCUUAUAUACAUACAUAUAUACAUAUAGAUACUUUUUGCAAAUAAAUGGGGGAAUAUUUUGUACUAGGGCAAUUAAUGAUCAUACAUACAAUAAGUUAGAGAUUUCUACAUCUUAUUAUGUCCCAUAUAGCACCAAAGCUUUCAGAAAACAUUAUUGCAAUGUUUCUGAAAUGUUUCUGAAAGCUUUGGUGCUGUAUGGGGUUAUAAAUAUAUUUCAAUAAUUAUGUACUUAUAUUUGAAUACUGUAUAACAUACGUUAUAUCUUUUUCUUGUUACGGAAAUAUUACGAAUGUUACGGAAUAUAGAUUUUAAAAAAUGACAAUGUUAUUGAAAAUAAAUGUGUAUCUGGAUGUGGACACACGUCUACGCAAGAAAAAGAUAUAAUGUGUGUAAUAUUUUAUGUAUACUGCAUCAUGGAAUUGAAUUGUAGAACAUAUACAUAUAUACAGUACUUAUAGACAAAAUAAAAUAUAAUGCACGACGUA